AUGGAAGUAACGCCUCAUCUGAAGAGUGUUUUGAAAAAUUACCAGCACAGUGCCACCAAGAGUUUGCAGGGCCCGGGCUUGUCUUUGGUGGCGCCGAAAAAUGAGAUUGCUUCGCCCGAAAUCAAAGAAGAGGAAUUCGUACCUGCAGCUUUUCCCGUACAACAGGUCCCGAUCCUCACGAUCCCGGAUACUACGUGCAGCGAACGCACUGAAACUAUCCUCGAAGGAGAGUCGAUUUCUUGUUUCGUGGUAGGCGGCGAAAAGCGUCUUUGUUUGCCUCAGGUGCUCAACUCGGUGCUCAGGGACUUCAGCUUGUCGCAAAUCAACCAGGAGUGUGAUCAAUUGCAGAUUUAUUGUUCUCGAUGUACCCCCGAGCAGUUGAACGUGUUGAAGAAUCAAGGAAUUCUACCCAGUGGUGCGCCUAGUUGCGGAUUAAUUACGAAAACGGAUGCGGAAAGACUAUGUAGUGCCUUGUUGUGCGGACGACAGGUGACUUCGGGACUUCGAUCGCGAAAAGGGGCCCUUUCGAUUCCUAUUUAUCACGAGUGUUUUGGAAAAGCUAGAGGACUCUUGUUUCCUGAAUUGUAUGUUAGCAAAUACGCAAAGUGCAUCGAAUGCGGGGACUGUCAAGCGGGCUUUGCACCCAAGCAGUUCGUCUGUCACGUUCAUAGGGACUUGGAGAACAGGACUGUGCACUGGGGGUUCGAUUCGUGCAAUUGGAGAAAUUAUUUGCUUGUGCCAAGGGAUCACGGGGAUUACGAACACUUCGUCAAGAUUCUGGACGAGAUGAAGGAGCAAUACGAAGGGAAUGUGCCGUUCUCCCCACCAAUAGUGGAACCCGUCAUCAAAAGAAAACAGAAAAAGACUGUUUUGCAAAGUUGGGUCAUUGACGAGGUCAUUGAUGGGCAUGAGGAUGAGCCUUAUGGUUCGCUCUCCUUUGAACGGACUAAAGCAAACUCAGGGAUGGUUGAAUUUGAACUUUUGAGAUGUCAAAAGCUGCUAUCGAGGCUGCUGUGA